AUGUCAGAAACGAUGACCGGGCACUCGACAAGAGAGCGGCCGGCUUACCCUCAUUAUGCAAUGAUCUAUAUUGAUGCGGAAGGAAACCUUUGCCAGCGCUCUUCCGCAUCGGUGGCACAAAACAUGCAGGAUAUUAUCUCCCCCACAGUGGCAGGAGAAUUCUUGAGGGCCGUGGCGAGGUCAAGAGAAGCACAUGGAGCCCAAUUCCAUGCCCCCGUUGCUCUACAGCCUACACAGGAGCCACAAUCCAACGAGCAUAGCUCCACUAUCUCGCAAAGGGGGCUCAUGGCCCACAGUGGACGUGCCGUGAGUGGUGAGCAAAUUGGAAGGAUUCCAACCGAGCAGAACCCUCAUCUCCAGCCGGCAAUGUGGCCACAGUCUAGUAACUCUUGGUCACCUCAACAAGAGCAAGCAACUGGAUCUCAGCCCAGGAAAAAGCAUUUUGGGGGCCGCAGCUUGAAUUUGUCUUCGCACCAGAGUGCUUCAUUGUCUGUCGAUGAGCCUGAGAUCUUGCGUCUCUAUUACGAGAAAGUUUUCCAGAAUCUCCAACAAACAAACUGCCGCGUGAUCGCAAAGGCCUAUAUCAAGCUGGUCGAGCCUCGAAAACAAGUCAACUAUCCCUACAAUGGACGAAAAACCGUGGACGGAAGAGUCCAGCAGCUUGAUCCAGAAGCCACCAAGCCGCCUUGGUGGCCGAUCGGAGUCUGUCACCGGGAGCCAGAUCAUCUCCCCAAAGUUGAGCGCAUUCGUCUUCUCGUCCAUAUCCUGUGUGACUUACGUGAAAGCAAUGGGGUCACUGCCGCCAGGCUCAAAGAAUGUGACCAACCCAUCCGACGUCAGAUUCUCCCGGCCGAUCGUUUGCAAAUCCUGGAUGAGAUGUACCGAGUGCGUGAGGAGGAGGAGAAAUUUCUAGAUGGCGUUCCAGGUACCAAAUCUGGCCUAAUCACUGCAGUCCUUGGGAGACUAACUCACAUGCCACCCUCGAUAGAUUGCGAACCAAGCGUGUUGAUAUCCCGCGCGAACCUUCCCCCAAUAGUAGAAGACACAUCAAGCGGACAAAGCUCACCGACCGACCCAGAAUAUGCCCACGGCGCGAAAUCCGACUGCAGCGAUGAUACCCGAAGGAUCGAUACAAGCCAAGUCAUUGUGUCCGCCGAGAAUCUCCAGAAGAGAAACCCAUGCUACCCACCCAAUCCUUACACCCCGACCAUACACCCGGCGAUGCAUAAUAGCCCAGGCAUACAGUACCAAAGCACCGAGAGCUCGCCGCAUGCUUCGAGCUCGCCACAAGAAUUGAAGAGAAAACGCGAGAUGUUUUCUGGCACACACUUGGUCGAUCGGACCCGUCAAAUCGGCAUGGCACAAUACCCCUUCGCUGGCAGCUCGAGCGUUCAGCCGUCCAUGGAAAUGUUUCAUCAGCAGGCUCUACCAGAAGAAGUUGCCCAGGCGGUUGCAAUUACUGAGCCAGCUCAGCCAGCAGUGGAAGUGCUGCCAAACGAUUUAAUGAUGCCAUACGGGUACCCUUAUUAUUAUAGUUGCUAA